AUAUUAUCUUGUCUCAAUCACACUCCCACAGUCGUCUAAGGCGAGCUGAGAACUGAUAAGUCUUUAAUCAUUGCAUUGGUUUCAUUUCUGGGAUUGGUUAGUGUUUUGAGGCUUUAGGGUGGGGCCAAUUAGAAAUGGGGAUUGGAAGAUGGAAGCUGGUAGUGGCGGCGGUGGUGAUUGCAUUCCAUUGCUCCGUCGCGGUGGGCGAGCAACGGCGGCUAAGGUUUGAUGCCAAGAAUGGGCAGUUCCGGAUACUUCAGGUGGCGGACAUGCACUAUGCCGACGGCAAAGCCACCCAUUGCCUGGACGUGCUGCCGCAGCAGGAGGCGUCCUGCUCCGAUCUCAACACCACCGCCUUCAUCCACCGCAUGAUUCUCGCCGAGAACCCUCACCUCAUCGUUUUCACCGGGGACAACAUUUUCGGAUUUGAUGCUACUGAUGCUGCAGCAUCUAUGAAUGCUGCAUUUGCCCCUGCUGUAUCUUCAAACAUUCCCUGGGCUGCUGUAUUGGGCAACCAUGACCAGCAAUCUACUCUAUCGAGGAAAGGCGUGAUGAAACAUAUUGUUGGGAUGAAGAAUACUUUAUCCCAGUUGAAUCCCGCGGAGGAUAUUGAUGGGUUUGGAAAUUAUAAUCUGGAGGUGCUUGGGGUUAAUGGUUCUCAGCUGGCUAGUAAAUCAGUUCUUAAUCUGUUUUUUCUUGAUAGUGGGGAUUAUUCUACUGUUCCUUCCAUCCCUGGAUAUGGUUGGAUUAAACCCUCGCAACAAGUUUGGUUUCAGAACACUUCUCAUAAUCUUAAGAGAACUUACAUGAGCAGUCCUGCAGCUCAGAAGGUCCCAGCUCCAAGCCUUGUAUACUUCCAUAUUCCCUUGCCCGAAUAUGCAAGCUUCGACUCCUCAAACUUCACAGGUGUUAGACAGGAAGGCAUUAGUUCUGCAUCAAUAAAUUCUGGUUUCUUCACAACAAUGGUGGAAACAGGAGACGUGAAGGGCGUUUUCACUGGGCAUGAUCACAAGAAUGAUUUUUGUGGGGAGUUGAUGGGCAUAAAUCUGUGUUAUGCUGGAGGCUUCGGUUACCAUGCUUAUGGGAAAGCUGGAUGGGCAAGGAGGGCAAGGAUGGUGGUAGCAACUUUGGAGAAGACCGAGAAAGGAAUAUGGGGUGAUGUCAAAUCUAUCAGGACCUGGAAGCGACUCGAUGAUGAACACCUUACUACAAUUGACCGUGAAGUGCUUUGGAGCAAGAACUCUGGUGGCAGCCGCAGAAAGAAGAAGAUUAGCCACCCGCGCAGAAAUUUCUGAUUCUAUUUGAUCUAAAUUAAAGCAGACUAUUCCCGGCUGUCAUACAUAGUAUUGUGCAAUUAUAUGAAUGAUACGGAGUAGAAUGUUAACACAGCAAUAUAUAUAAAGGUGAAAACUGACGAAUUGAAGCUAGAUUGAAUGAGUUGUGUUUGUAGUUUGUACCAAACUUGCAUCUGUAGUAAUAGAUUUAUGAUUUUUGCAUGUUUUGCUUCGUGUUGGUAUCAGUCCUUGUUGAGAAUUGAAACAAGUUGUAAUGGCAGUUAAUGAAUAGUUUAUAUAUGGUUGGCUAACGUAA